AUGCCGAAACAUCUUCCACCCGCGACUACCCAAGACAUUGCCCGGAGUAUCAUCACCACAGUCAUUCCAGCCAAAACGUGUAUGUACCCUCAUUUGAAUCACGCCAUUUUGUCUGUGGAUCCCAAAUUGAAGACAUCACCACUGCUCCCUCCACUUAUCGACAUUGCGCUAGCUCCUGUUUCGCUAUUAAAUGCAACGAAAGAGGCUAAUGGCAUUGUAUACCAAGAGGUCAUCGAACGAUUUAUUGCUUCAAUACUCGCUAUUCCAUCUUUACCCUAUCGCCUACCUUUGCCUGCUGUUACACGCAUUUCUUCCCGCUUCCCGUUCAUGCAUCUGGGCCGUGUCGAUCUUUACUCGCUUGUUCGUAAACUGGAAUCUUCGGACACAACAGGAGGAAGUGCAGAGGAAGCCAAAUCUGAACUUGCUGCCAACUUGUUCACAUUUCUCCCUGUCAAGGUUUUAUCUCGCUUCAAGGAUCAUGAACGGAGGGACUACCUGAACCUCCUCGCUGCUGUAUUUGACAGCCUUCCAACUGGAGCACUUGAUCCCCGUAAAAGCAGCUCAGGCUUGGCUGGAAAUAAGACUAUUGUUGAUGACGAUUCAGACACAGAUUCGGAUGUAGAGAUGACCCUGAUAGCUGCUCAAGCCCCUGCUCAGCCGUUGUUGAGCCCACGGACGCGGAAACGCCUCGAGCAACUCACCGAUUCUGCCUAUUUGACGGCCCUGAUAGGAUCUCACGCUGAUGCUGCUGUGUGUCGAUUCUUUGUCAGUCUCUGGUCCGCGUGGCCAACUAGGAAAGACGCCACCUUGGCCGCUAUCCUUGCCUUGCCCACGGGUGCAGGAGCUACUGGUGGUGCGUAUGGAAUUGUCAAGGGUAUCUGGCGAGGCCAGAUUAGGCCAAUCAUUGGGACGCUGGGAGAUGGCGCCGGGCAGGGAACCAAGGCCCUAGAUUCGUUAGUUGAUGAUUCAACCGAGAGCUUAUGGCCACCCCUCGUAUUCCUUACGGUGCUAUAUACCAAUAUGCUUCGCACCAUGUCCGACGACGAGUUUUUCUCUACUCAAAUUGGACAAACGCCCCAGACCCAAAGUGCUCAGAAUCCACUUUCGACAUCUGAAGUUGCGCAUUUUGGGCGCUCAUUGCUCGGAGUGGUGUUCAGACUCUACCUACAUGAAGCGGUAAUCGGCACUCGCCGAGUACCAGGCCUGGGAGACAUAAACUUUGGUAUGGUGAGGGAGUGGGGGACAGAGCUACUACAAAGUAUAUGUCUACGAGAUUCUCGCAGAAAGUUCACUCCUGAAGGUCACUGGUUAAUGGUCGACGCUAGUGAUGCCCGACAAAUAUGUGCUGCUGCCCUCCUCGAAGACGAGGAAUCUACCAACCCAGAGAUACUGUUUCCCACAUCCCGUGCAGGUUACGUUACCUCGCGUACAACUCGAGCGCAACUUGCGUCUUUAUCUCCCAGGUCCAAGAUCCUGACUCAUAUACCGUUCUCAAUCCCCUUCGAUGUACGCGUACAGGUUUUCCGGCAGUACGUAGCGAAAGAUUGGAAGGAUCUUGCGCAGCGUGCGAGGAAUGGAGAGAUGUUUGAUGGACUCUCGCAUGGUAGUAGGAGAAGGUCGAAUGCUGUUGUUCGUAGAGGCAGAGUUGCGGAGGAUGGGUUCAAGGCUUUGAGCGGAAUGAGGAAGGACAUGAAACUUCCUAUUUCGAUCACUUUUAUUGAUCAAUGGGGCAACGAAGAAGCUGGUAUCGAUGGCGGUGGUGUGUUCAAGGAAUUCCUGACCUCACUGGCCAAGGAAGUGUUCGAUUCGGACCGUGGCCUAUGGCUAGCGAACAAACAACAGGAGCUAUACCCCAACCCGCAUCCAUAUGCUAAAGAGUCUGGACAACUCGAGUGGUUCCGUUUCGUAGGCCGUGUGUUGGGCAAGGCGCUGUACGACGGUAUCUUGGUGGAUAUCGCUUUUGCGCCAUUCUUCUUGGCAAAGAUGUUAGGCCGGGAAAGCUACAUUAACGAUUUAGCUUCGCUCGACCCAGAGCUUUACCAAGGGUUGAUGUUCUUGAAGAAUUACAAAGGCAACCCCGAAGAGUUAUCGCUGAAUUUCACAGUGACUGAUGAUUACCUUGGCCAAGUGACUGUCACCAAUCUUGUCGCCAAUGGAGCGGAUACCCCGGUGACGGCUGAAAAUCGAUACCAGUACAUCCUCAUGGUUGCACAUUACCGCCUCAAAACACAAAUCCGCAAGCAGACGGAUGCAUUCAUGGAGGGUCUGGCCGAUAUUAUCGACGCCAAAUGGAUCAGGAUGUUCGACCAGAGAGAACUUCAGAUGCUGAUUGGAGGUACUCCUGAUGCGAUCGACAUUGACGAUUUACGCGCAAACUGCGUAUAUGGAGGGCUAUACGACGAAUCUCAUGAAGUAAUCGAAACCUUCUGGAAGGUGGUAAACACCAUGAAUCAAGAGGAAAGAAGGGCAUUGUUGCGAUUCGUCACGAGUUGCAGCCGGCCGCCUCUCUUGGGAUUCAAGGAGCUCAACCCUCGGUUCGCGAUUCGAGACGCUACAUCUGAUGAUCAGCGGCUGCCCACAUCCAGCACAUGUGUGAACCUUCUCAAGGCAAGCGUGCCUUGUGACGUGCUUCCUCGAUACUCGUCUGAACACAUUAUGCGCCAGAAACUCCUUCAAGCCAUAUCCUCCAACGCUGGUUUCGACUUGUCAUAG